GCGCAGGGCGAGCUGGCCCGGAGCUACGGCCUGCCGCAGGACGCGCUGGAUCGUCUCCCGCCGAUGGAGAUGCAGCUCGCGCUGAAACUCAGCCCCGUCAUGGCCAGGGCGAUUCCCGGCAAUUCGUUCAACAUCGGGCAGCUAAUGGCGACGACCUACCACGCGUUGCUGGUGGCGGAGAGUUCGGUGAUGGCGGUGGCCGGGUUCGCGGCAGGGCGGGCGUGCGCGGCGGAGGCGCAGAGGCUUCGCGAUCUUCGCGCUGCCGGCCCCGCUCAGCAUCGCGCUCCAGAUCUGGUCUGGGGGCCCGCCUGCGUGCAGGUGUUUCCGCAGAUCGCGCUGGCCGUGCGCGACGCGGGCGAUCAGGUGGGGCUUCGCAACAAAGACGGGUGGGCGGCGAUCUACGGCAGGCUCGAACCUAUGGACAUCGAAGCCUUGACCAUGAUGAUCCGCGGGUGCCGAGUGUCGCAGUGCUUGAAGGAGAACCAGGCUCGGAUUACGGUGGCGAUCAGCGAGCACGCCAUCGAGGUCUGCUUCCUGAAGUGCGCCGAGCAGCUUGGGGCGGAGAUCAAACCUGGUCCCGCCCCGCGAGGCCACCAGGAGAGGCUGUUCCAGCUGGCGAUGGGCCAGCUAUGCAUGCUCACCACCUGCGUUAGCCAGCUGCAGUCGGUGGAGCUGACGAAGGCCAUGCUGCAGAUGCGCCUCCGAGACAAGCAG